CAACAGUCAUGGAAGACCUUAUCUCUCUUCGAAAGCAUCAAUGGAGAAUUUUCCUCAAAAACAGUAGUCUCAUAAACUGUACUGUAAACCCUCGUAAUUUGCUUCCUCAGGAGGACCCUGCUAAUCCUGAACUGAUAAAGAAAUAAGAUGCUGUAUUAUGAUAUUUCCUUGUCAAAAUGAAAUUACAUCGAGCUUCCUGAAAACCUGAUGUACUUCGUAGACUAUAGGCUGUACCUCCAGUACAAUUGUACGCUGUUUGAUAAAUAAGAAGAAGGAGUUCUUUGGUAGGACAUUGCUCACAUCAAGAGAGAAUUAUUGUGAAACUUUUGAUUAUAAGGAGAAACUAUAUUUUAGGACAACAUGUAGUGAAAGAAUUCUCUUUCAUCUCUAUGAAGUUGAUAUUGAGGACACUAUUUUAGUUGUUGAGGCAAUACUUAAUUGCAAUGAGUUAGAAGAAAAACGUUUUUCAAUAGGUUUCUUCAUGAUAGACCUCGUUAACUUUGGUAAUAAGAUUGAAAUAAUUAAUGAGUCCCCCAGAAUUCUUCUUGAUAAGGAGGGUGAAUAUUAUCUAAAAAGAAAGACUCAUGGAGUUUCUGAUUUGUUGUAUUCAAUAGAUACAAAGCAAAAUAUGGGUUUAAUCAACAACAUUGUUGGGCCAAAUACAAUUUACUGAAUGAGAGAACUUAUGAAAUAUAUUGAUCCUAAAUGAAGAAGCAAAGAACCAGACACAAUGGUAGUUGAUGAGAUUAAGGAACUCCAAAAAUGCAAACUCAUCCUUGCCAAUAUUAACAUGAUUAUUACCCAGGAUAUCACCAGAGAGCCUAUUAAGAGAAUUGAGCUGAUAGAGCUCAAUGAUUACCUUUACAAGCAAGGGAAAAUUGACUGAGAUGGUCAAAUUAUUCAACCUAAGAAUAAAAAGAAGAACCAAAAAGAUCAAUUUCCUGAACAUUAUGAAGUCCGUACUGUUGAAUUCAGGGCAACGAUAAAGCUUAAUUAUACAAACAAUCUAACCGUUGAGCCUGAGUAUGAAACAUGGAAGGAUACCCAUGAGUACCAGGUACCUUUAGAAAAAGUGUUCCUAAGAAGAACAAAUAAAGUUUAUCAUAAAUUCAAAUCGACCAAGAUGGUUGAUAUCGAUAAGUUUCAGCCUCACAACCUCUCUGCCUUGGUUCUCUGCUUUGAACAAGUGGUUGUUAUUGAAAGAGUUGUUGAUGAGCCUGAAAAGACGCUAGAUGAGAAUAUCAAGGAGACUAUCACUCGUGUAGUCAACAUUGCUACUCUUCCUUACAUCCCUAUUGUCCAAAGCGAGGAGAGAGAAGGUGAAGAUGAAGAUGGCCUUCCCUUCAAAAAUAUAGUCUACACACUUCGAAUGGUUAAUAUUGAUUAUGAAAUGGAGAUCAACCCCAAGCUUGUGCAAGCAGAUGAGAAAUUCGCAGAUGAUCUAGGUAUAUUCUGCAUCGGAACUCUUUGUCAAAAUAUUGAUGGAGAAGCCAUCAAAGAGGAUGAAGAUCUUUAUGAAAGAGAGCUCCGAAUGCUCAACUACAUAAUUCCUCCAGUCAUUGAUGAAGAAGAGAGAAGAUUUAGGGCCAGACAGACCAUGACCAGAAAAAGAAAAGCAAGAAAAGCUGACAAGGAAGAAAUGAAGAAAAAACGAAAGAGAGAUAAAGAAAUUGAGGAAAGAAACUAUGAUAGACUUAGAAUGGGAGGGCUCAGAAAUAGAUCUCAUAUCAGUAGGCAUAGUAAGAGGAGAUCCAGAGAUGUUACAAAAGAUAGCUUAAGCCCUUCUAGGAGACGUGAUAGUAGGUCUUCAAGAGGAAGCAGAGCGACUAGAGGGGAAAGCCCAAAAGUUGUAAUUAAGAAAGAAAAAAAAUACUACAGGCAACCAGUAGAUGCAGCCAUUUACUUCAAUAAAGAUCAAGACUUCUUAGAUAAGCUUGGAGUCCCAUAUGAGUACCUCUGGGGAUUAAGCAAGAGAAACAAAAGAGUCAGCCUUGGACUUAAAAGCCGUCACCACAUUAUCUCAGGGUAA